CGUUACCUAAAUCUUCAGCCUUUUCUGCAGAUUUCCCAUCUUUCAUACAGUUUUGGAGAUAUGGUGUCCAGCGUAGAUCGAUCGGAGAUUGCUUUCUUUGACCUGGAAACAACUGUACCCACCCGACCCGGACAGGGUUUUGCCAUCCUGGAAUUCGGGUCAAUACUGGUUUGCCCUAGGAAGCUUGUUGAGCUAGAAAGCUACGAAACGUUGGUAAGACCACAUAACCUCUCACUCAUCUCCACAUUGUCCGUUCGUGCCAACGGCAUCACCGCCGAUGCGGUUGUUUCCGCCCCGACCUUCUCUGAAAUUGCGGAUAGAGUUUACGACAUUUUACACGGGAGGAUAUGGGCGGGUCACAAUAUAAUUAGGUUUGAUUGCGUGAGGUUAAGGGAGGCAUUUGCUCAGAUAAAUAGACCACCGCCGGAGCCCAAGGGAACCAUUGAUUCACUGGCUUUGUUGACACAGAGGUUUGGGAGGAGAGCCGGUGACAUGAAGAUGGCCAGUCUGGCAGCUUACUUUGGGCUCGGAAAGCAAACACAUCGGAGCUUAGACGAUGUUCGAAUGAAUCUUGAAGUUCUCAAGUAUUGUGCAACGGUUCUUUUCUUGGAAUCGAGCCUUCCAGAUAUAUUUACAGAAAACAGUUGGGUUUCUCCAAAUGCUACCACCAGAAAUCGUAGGAAUGCAAAAGCCGCUCUAAAUGGAACCGACCUGACCACUAACCCACCUUCUUCUAGUAGAAACGUCAAAAAUUGGGGUUCUCCUCCAAGUAACAGAGCAGAGGAAGCAAUUCAUCCGAUUUUUUCACUAGCAGCUUCUGGUGUUGGGGAACAAGUUCCAAAUCCCGUUGAAUCCGGUAGUCCUCAACCCGACCCUUUUGACUUGGGUCCACUUGUGGAUAAAAUUGAAAACGAAAUCCUUCAAUCAAAUGAAGCCAUGGAGGAAGAAUCGUCUACAGCCACUCUAUCUAAUGCCGUCAGUGAAAGCACCGACUUUCUUGAGCCAGAUGAAGUGUCGUGGACCUCUGUUACUGUAGCUUCUGUCCCCUUUUUCCGUGGACCCCAAAAGAUGCAAAUACUUCAUGGAGACAUGCCGUUGCAGAUGCACUCUAACUCCCUGAGGGUACGUUUCGGGUUUAGCACAAAAUAUGUUGAUCUUGCUGGAAGGCCGCGACUAAGUAUUGUGGUAGAUGCACCUCCAAAUCUCUGUGGCAUUCUCGAUGCAUGCGAUGAACUUGCUAAGAAGAGGUUUGUGGAGUCUGAUAGCGAUUCCGAGUGGAGACCUGUUGUGAACAGAAGGCCUGGGUUUUAUAACUUCCCCACCGUCAGAUUGCAAUUACCGAAUGUUGUAGAAGGGGAUAGUGCGAGAUUGGUCACAGAGAUAUACCAGAAAGAGUCGCCAUCAUCACGACCAGUGGUGUUGAGUAUGUACGAUGUGGAGGAACUCCAAGCGUUGAUUCAUCCAGGUUCCAUCGUGGACGCUUACUUCUCUCUAGAUCCGUACGAUUACCAGCAGAAUGCCGGAAUUCGAUUAGUGGCAAAGAAACUGAUUGUUGAAUCUAACUGAAAAAGUGUUUUGGUGUAUACAUCAUUAGCUGACUGUUACUUUUGAUGCUUGUAAAGAAGGGAAAGUAAUUUAUUUCAUUGUUGAUGUAGAAGAUGAACAACUAAUUCUAGCGUUUCAAAUUGAUUAAUGCAAAAUGCUAUUUCUUUGUUGUCUCAAAA